UUUAGGUGCAAAGUAUAUUUUUUAAACAGAAAGUAUAAAACAUCUUUCAAGAAAAGAAAGUACAAUUUAAAUACUUAGUGACUAUGAAUUGCAAAAAACAGAAUUGUAUCUGCAUAAACUGUUCUCUUUGUCGUUCUGGUCGAUUGUCAAGAUUAACAUACCUACAAGCAAAGAGGAGAAUAAUGGAUUGGACUGAUUUACAAAAUUCAACUGCAACAAAAGAAGACAGUUUGGAUUUAAUAUUAGAGUGCAUUCUGAAGACAACUGAGAAGUGUGAGCUAAAAGAUAUGCAUAUGGAGGUGGAAGAAGGAGCAUACUCAGUUACUGUUGAUGAAUCUGGUUCAAAUAAACAGCAAAAACAUUUUUUUUAUAUAAGUAAAGGUGAAACAGUUAAUCUUACUUUUCAAAUUUAAUUUUUUUUUCAAAUUUUUAUGAAACACAUUUGAAAAUUUAAUUUC